AUGGUUCUCGGCGGACCGGCAAACAAGACGCCAUUCUGGCCGGAAGCAUUGUUGGCGCUGCUGAUCGCCAAAGCGCUGACAGGCUCCACGUGGGCCAGCACUUGGCUCUCAUCCGGCUCUGCCCCCUUGACCUUUUUGCUGCUCAAGGGUGUGAAUGGGGGCAAUCGCAUGCUGCCUUGGUGCCCAACAUGGCUGCUCCUCACCCUGCUCAACCUCACCCAAGCAGCAUCCUCCACAUCUUGGCUCUUUGCCGGCAUCUUCACCGCCCUCUGCUGGCCCCUGGUAUUCUUGGCCAGUCUGCAUCAAUUCCAAACGGUGGCGCACCACACGAGGAGAGGUUUGAGCAAGCUGCUCCGCGUGGUUCACUUUGCAGCGGAUACCGUCGCCCUAUUCGACUUGCCAGCGCUGGAGAUCGAUGUGGAUGUGGCAGGCUUGAUGGUCAUUCGAGGCGUCACCCUCUCCCUCUCUUCCUUGACGCUGGUAGCGCAUGGCAUCGAGGUGGGAAUCAAGCUGUCGGACGAUUUGGAGAUGGCCAUACAGACGGACAAGGUGACGGUCAAGCUGUUUAGGAGCAUUCACGUGUCCGAUGUCUUCGCCAAUGUCAAGGGCGGGCAGUACGAGCAGACAUUUGGCGAGCUGGAGGAUGACACCAGAACGGCGGACGGUCAGGUGCUCAUGGAUCACCAAUCAUCAGCUCUACUCAGGGCAGCCGCCGGUGCUGCAGAGGGCGCUCCCGAUCCUGCUGCGCUGUCCCCAUCGCCCACACCCACGCCAACGUCUUCCAAUGCAGAUGGAAUGCACUCGCCCGGCAGUGUCCCUCCACUACCAGCUCGACCCAGCGCAGCAAAUGGGCUACCGACCUCUCAGCGAGAGCGUCCAAUGGAAGACGCUUCGUCUGCCUCCGAUCCCCGCGCAAGUGCAUCUUCCCCUUCUCUCAGCAAGGUGACGCUAGCGGAAAGAAUGACGGAUGGCCAGGCGCCGCGUGCGGUCAGCGUCGAGCAUGGUCUUGAUGCUGCUACCACUUUGAUAGCUGAUGAGAAGGAUGACCAGGCUCGUUUGCAGCGCAUCUUGAGCGAAAUCGAAAAGACCAGCGAGGUGAAGAUUGCACAGGACCACGUCAUCAGACGGAUCAGCCGAUUGAGGAGUCGACAGCAGAUCGAUGCAGAGCAGGACGACGUUCUCGGCGUAGAGGUGCCAGUGCAGCAUGACCCUGCUGCUUCACCCUCGCAACCUCCGUUGAACCUCGACAACGACAGGCACAUGCGCGCUGCUAUCUGUACGCGUCUUCACGCCAGACCUUCCAUCCAACACCCACCGCGUCAGUCGGUUCGUGUGUCUACACUGCAAAAUCUACCGCCUCCCUGGCUUCUUCGCUUGACGCACCGCUUGCCUCUGCUUUUGCGGCUCUUGUUGAACCCUCUUGCAUACUUCCAUCCCAUCAAAAUCGACUCGAUCACUGCAGGAGCUUCAGGAAGGUGGAUGCAGAGCAUGCUGCGGUCUCAGCUCUUCAAAAGCUAUGCAGACAGUUCGUCUGACAUUCGCAAGCUCCGGGACAAGAUCGAGAAGUGGCUGUGCGACGCCAACUUUGUGUUGGGUCUGGAACAAUUUGAUGGGCAAGGGCUGGUCCCGGUCAAUACGGACAAUGACAUUACCUGCAGAAUGAACAUCGACGAGCUCACGCUUUACAGGACGGUACAAGCUCACGCUAGCUUGAAGAAAAGCUUGCAAUUAGGAGGAGCAGACGCCACUGUGCUGGUGCCCUCCAUGCUGCUGCCUCACCACGAUCACCUUUUGCCAACGAUCGACGAACGCAAACAAGCGCAAGAAGCACAUAGGCUCAAAAUCCGGCGCCAUGACUCGGCACCCAAGGUGGUGCAAGCCAAGAGAAAUUUGCAACAGAAUAUCAAGGAUGAGGCAGACGUUGGCAUUUCGGUACACAUCAAGCUACCCGCUUGUUUCGACCAGGACUUGCUCAACUUCAUCACAACCCUCGUGAAGGCAAGCAAAGUGAUCGAGUUUGAAAGAGCAUACGAAGAGGUGGCUGAAAGCCAAGUGCGCUCCUUCAAGGACUUUACAAAGCUAGUCAAUACGGGAAUCAAGGAGGGAGUCAAGAAGGCCACCGUCAAUGCGGCUGCCAAUGAUACCUGGAUAGCCUCUGUGGUCGGAAAGGUCGUGAGGAAACUCGAGGCUGCUCAGGGCGAUGUCGGCUAUUCGGGAAACAUACCUGUGCCUCUGAAGGUGUAUCGUGAUGCCGCUGUGCCGGGCGAGUCCAAGUUGUUACCGUAG